AUGCAACUGCAGGUCGUUCUCAACCAGCCGCCUGGCUCGCACUACACCAACCUCGACACCAUCACCGGCCGCGUCCUGCUGCAGCUCGCCAGCAACACCACCGUUUCAUCCAUCACCGUCAAGCUCGAGGGCGAGAGCAGGACCAGGCUCGUCGCGCCGGCUAAGCCCGAGUACGGCAACAGCAGACCUAAGCCAGUGCUCGAACUACACAAGAUCCUCUACAAAACCCUCGUCGUCUUCCCUCCUUCCCAGCUGCAGGACGCAGAUUGGCAGUCGCACAACUACACCCUCAAUCCUGGAAACUACGAAUACCCCUUCCAAUUCAAGCUUCCGUUCAACAAUGCGUGCCACGCGAACAAGAGCAGGGCCUCGAACAUACCUUUCACAUCCAACCUCGGCUUCGCCGGCUUCCCGCUUGACGUCGCUACUCCGCCGACGAGACACGUUAAACAAACACUCCCUCCCUCCCUGACCGGCUUUCCGGGAGAAGCUGAAGUACGAUACUACGUGAAAUGUACCGUCAACCGACCGUCGCUGUUGAAGGAGAACCCGAGAGCUUUCUCCCAUUUCAACUUCCUCCCCAUCGAGCCACCCAGGCCCCCGAAAGCAGAUGGCGAAGCAUACGCGCGGCGCCAGCACCAAUUCAAUCCCCAUUGGGUUCCUCCUUCGGAAAGACGAACCAGUUUCUUCGGAAAGCUUGGAAAGGACAGGCCGCAAAGCAUGGAUGACUCGGCGCGCGUAGAACCGCCCCGUUUCAGCAUCGACGCCCGCUUGCCCAACCCCGCCAUUCUCACUCUGAAUGACGACGUCCCACUACGUCUCAUCGUAAAGCAGCUCAACGAGCGCACCGAGCCUCUCUACCUCCAAAUGCUCCAGAUCGAGUUGGUUGGAUACACGGCAGUGCGCGCGCACCAGGUCUCCCGCACCGAGUCCAGCAGCUGGCUCCUGGCCAGCAUGAGCAAUAUGAACAUCCCAGUCGGCGCGCCGUCCGACGUCCCCGGCACAGAGACUCCCAUCAACCGGGAAUACUGGUCGGACCGGCCGCUGCCCAACAGCGUGGCGCCCAGCUUCGACACGUGCAACUUAUCGCGCUACUACGAGCUCGAGGUGCGCGUCGGCCUCGGCUACGCCUCGUACAAGCAGGGCCAGGACCAGCUCAUCAUCCUCCCGCUUCGCCUCCCCGUCAAGGUCUUUUCGGGAAUUGCGCCCCCGCCAGAGCUUCUACAGAAAAUGGCCACGGGCGCGUUUCCGCGCCGCAAGCCCGUGCCUGGCAGCGCGGCCCCAUCACCGCUGGCGACGGACUUUGGGCACGCCGGGCCGUCUGCCCCCACGACGCCGCUUGAGGGCGGCACUAACCCGUUUCCGCACGCGCAGCCCAUGCCGCAGGGCUCGUAUCUCCCACCGCAGGCGGCGCAUGGUUAUGAGGAUGCGCCGCCGAGCUACGAGGACGCGGUCGCAGUUGACAUACCGCCGGUUGAUGGCCCCAGAAGGGAUUACGUGCCGCCGCCGGUGCCGGAGGAUGCGCCGAGAUUCUCGCAUGAUGAGAAGAGGUGA